AUGAUCGGCUUUGUUGAACACCUUCACGACUGCGCGAAGAAGGCUGAGAGUUUUAAAACCACCAAGGGGCGCCUGUCUCUUGAAACUCUUGAGCUGAUACGCCAGCGUGGAGCAGCACGAGCCGCAGGGAACCAAGAACUCACGUUCGAGCUCACAAGGCUUUGCAGAGAGGCGAUAAAGAAAGACCUUAAAGGGAGAAGAGCAGAAGUGCUGGCUGAAGAUGCAGAGGCGGGGAAAAGCAUCCGCCAUGCCCGUCGAGACUUCGCCAGUCACAAGACUGCUCUCCGGUACCCAAAGGGAACAGCCAUUGCAUUGAGAAGGAGGAUGGAGAAAAUCAUCUACGAUUUCUACUCUGAUCUCUUCGACAGCCAUGUCCACUUGCCUCCUCACCAUCUGAGGGAAGACGGACGAGUCAUUCCAGAGAUUCUCCCGUCCGAAAUACGACAUGCUAUCAUGUCGAUAAGAAAUCGUACGGCACUCGGUCUCGACAGAAUAAGACCAGAACACCUGAAGAGCUUUUCGCCAGUACUCAUCAACACUCUGGCGAGGCUCUUCACACGUUAUCUGUCGGAAUGCAAGGUUCCUAAACAGUGGAAGACCAGCAAGACCGUGUUGUUGUAUAAAAAGGGAGAUCCACAUCUGCCUACUAUCCGUCAUCUACAAGCUCUUUACAAGAGUGAUUCUUACACGAUUGACCAGAUUCACACUGUUCCAAAACUCAUCGAGGUAUCACGAGAGUACAAGAUGCCGCUCUGUCUCACCUUCAUCGACUUGAAGAAGGCCUUCGGCUCAGUUGAGACGGAAACGGUCGUGGAAGCCUUCGACAAACAGGCAUCCCUACUCAGUACAUAA